UCUGAUAUGGUCCAGUAAAAGGCCCUGAGGUACGACAGCCGCCCGCCGCCUGGCCCGCCUCGGCCUCAGGUACACAAACAUAAACAUGGCGUUCACCUUCGCGGCGCUGUCAUACAUUGUGGCGCUCAUCGUGGAUGCCUUCCUCAUUUUCUUCGCCAUUUUCCACAUUAUUGCAUUUGAUGAGCUGAAAACAGACUACAAAAAUCCCAUCGACCAGUGCAACAGUCUCAACCCGCUGGUGUUGCCUGAGUAUGCCCUGCACCUGUUCUUCAACCUGCUGUUCCUGGCCGCUGGGGAAUGGUUCUCUUUGUUAGUAAACCUGCCACUCAUUCUCUACCACAUCCAAAGGUACCGCAACCGUCCAGUGAUGAGCGGGCCAGGGCUGUACGACCCCACCAGCAUCAUGAACCAUGAGGUGUUGAGUCAAUGCCAGCGUGAGGGAUGGGUCAAGCUUGCCUUCUACCUCCUUGCAUUCUUCUACUAUCUCUAUGGGAUGAUUGUGUCGCUGAUCUCAGGAGCCUAAAGCAGCAGUUGGGAAGUGUCCAUCUUUCACAUUGUUAAGCACUAUGCUGUUGAUGCUGAUCUGUGCUGGAACAAGUUCCUAAAUAGUUCAGUGCUCUUCUGAAGCUUUCAGUUUUCCCACCAUGCAGGAAUUUUUACUAAUCACUGAGUAAAUGUAUUAAUUUGUGUGAUUUGAAUUUUGAUUUUGCCAUUUCUAAGAACAAAUUUUUAAGGGUUAUUCUGGUACUUGUCACUGUGAUUAGUAUCAUGUAGUACUUAGGAUAAUUUACAUUAAUUUACAGGAAAAUGUUGUAUUCUCUGCAUAAUACCAAACAUGUCAGCACACACACAGGAAUGGAGUAUCACUGAGCUUAAGAGCCAUUUUUGUUGGCAAGCUUUGGAAAUGAUAUUACAAAGAAAUUUGUUAUAACCAAAGACUAAUGUACAUCAUCAUAAUGUUAUGCCAGAGUUGUUCACAGUUAGCAGAAAUUACCUUUGCUUUACACUUUUUGGCAUUUGGGCAUUAGUUCAUGUUUUAUAGUUAAUUGUUAACAUACACAGAAGACAUAUGAUAAUUAUCACCUACAGAGUUGGAUUUUAUAACCAUUCUUCUAACACUGUAAGCAUCGCCUCAAUAAGGAGAGUAAAGGGCCCUUUUUCUUAGUUAAUAGGUUAGCAUCAAGUUUUUGGACAUGUUGGAUAUGGCUGUGCUGAGCAGAAAAAUGUAUUUUCACAAAUUAUUAAUUUUCUACCGUGUUGUGUGAAAAUUAUACUUUAUCAGCACUGCCUUGUAUGUGUGUGUGUGUGUGUGUGUGUGUGUGUGUGUGCUUAUGUCAAUGUAUGGUUUUUUUUUAUUAUUAUUAUUAUUUAGCCAAACGAACAAGUUUUUAUGUUUGUUGAUCAGCAAUGCACAGCUAAGAGGUAAGGAUCAAGAAUUUUCUAGUUACUUCAUACAUGAAGUGCUUAUGUAUCAGGAAGAGACAUACACUUGUAAAUAUUUGCACACAAAUAUUCAUCAGCCUUACUUAAAUGAACAUACUAAAUACUGCUGUAUAUUCCCAAUUUAAUUACUAAUUUUCUUGAUUUUUUUAUUUGGGUUAUCAUUACAGUAUUUUGAAAGACGAUUCUAAGCCAGUGAAUGUCAUCGUUUUUGUGUGCUAUGUUGUGUUGGGAUAAUGUCAUAGUGUCACAAAGAACACUGGUAAUAAAUAAAUAUUUGCUUCUAA